UGAAUGUCAACCAAUGUUAACCAAUGAGAGUGAAGAAAGGACAGCCUUCAGGAUUUCCAGCGUUUUGUUAAACCUUCCGAAUUUUCUUAAAUUACUGGAAGAAUACCGUAGCAUUACUUUUUAAUAUUGUAACAUUAUAAAACAAAUUAUUAUCAUUUUUUAAAAUUUUACUUAUGAAACCCGUACCUAUUAUCUAGUCAUCUUUCGCAGUACAAAGUUAUUGUUCAUGGAGUAAUAAUUUUUUAUCUCAGUUAUUGUAUUGAUAUAAUAUUUGUCUAUAAUAUUUUCUAUAUGUAAUGAAAAAUUUUUUCCUAUUAAAUACAUGAACUGUGUACUAAAAUAGAUUAAUUGUUUAAAUUCAUAUAAAAAUUGAUAGAAGUAAAAAUUGUCUUAAAUGCCUUGCGCAGUAAGUACAUUUCGUGUGUGUGAAAAUGGCGCUCUCUUGUGCAAUUUCUAACGAGGUACCAGAGCACCCUGUCGUAUCCCCCGUAUCAGGCUCUAUAUUUGAAAGACGUUUAAUUGAAAAAUAUGUGAAUGAAAAUGGAGUGGAUCCUAUAACAGGGAAAGAAUUGACCAUUGACCAGCUCAUCGAUGUCAAGACGACUCCAAUAGUUAAGCCUAAGCCACCAAGUGCAACGUCUAUUCCAGCCAUAUUAAAGAUUUUGCAAGAUGAAUGGGAUGCUGUUAUGUUACAUUCAUUUACACUUAGACAACAGCUUCAAACGGCUAGGCAAGAAUUGUCUCACGCCUUGUAUCAACAUGAUGCAGCAUGUCGUGUGAUUGCUAGAUUGACAAAGGAAGUUACAGCAGCCAGAGAGGCUUUGGCUACUUUGAAACCACAAGCUGGAAUUGUACAAGCUACCACUAUUCCACAACCUGCAGUUGCAGUUGAAGCUGGUGGUACAGCUGCUCAACCCAUGGAACAAGCUGGUAUUACUGAGGAUGUAAUACAGAAGCUUCAAGAAAGAGCCACGGUGCUCACUCAGGAGAGAAAACGCCGCGGACGUUCAGUUCCAGAAGAUUUGAUGCCACAAGAUAGUAUUCGCGCAUUUCAAACACUUGCAUCACAUCCUGGUCUUCAUUCUGCCAGUGUGCCUGGUAUACUAGCACUCGAUAUUCAUAGUGCAGACACUAGUAAGAUUCUAACUGGUGGAGCUGACAAAAAUGCUACAGUAUUCAAUAAAGAUACAGAGCAAGUAGUUGCAAUAUUGAAAGGACAUACUAAAAAGGUUACAAGGGUAAUCUAUCAUCCUGAAGAGGAUAUAGUAAUGACCGCAUCUCCCGAUACUACAAUACGAGUAUGGAAUGUAGGGACUAGUCAAACAACAUUAUUAUUGAAGGCUCACGAUGCCCCCGUUACUGGACUCUCGUUACAUCCGACCGGUGAUUAUUUACUGAGUUCGUCAUUGGAUCAGCAUUGGGCUUUCUCAGAUAUACGCACUGGUAGAUUACUGACUAAGGUUGCCGGUCAGGUUAGUCAACCUUUGACUACAGCUCAGUUCCAUCCUGACGGAUUAAUUUUCGGUACCGGCACUGCGGAUUCCCAAGUGAAAAUUUGGGAUUUGAAGGAACAAUCGAAUGUAGCUAAUUUCCCGGGUCAUUCAGGACCGAUUACAGCGAUUAGCUUUUCGGAGAACGGUUAUUAUUUAGCUACUGCUGCUGAAGACUCUUGUGUGAAACUUUGGGAUUUGCGUAAACUGAAAAAUUUCAAGACUCUUCAGUUGGAAGAAUCAUAUGAAGUCAAAGAUAUUUGUUUCGAUCAAAGUGGAACAUAUUUAGCUGUCGCAGGAACAGACGUGAGAGUGUACCUGUGUAAGCAGUGGCAAGAAUUGAAAGUGCUCAACGAUCACACAGCAACUGCGACCGGUGUUCGUUUUGGAAAGCAUGCACAGUAUAUAGCAUCUACUAGUAUGGACAGAACAUUAAAACUUUAUGGAUUACCUUGAACACUUAGUCAUAAAAGCAUAUUAAUUUAAGCACAAAUUGCAUUAGAACGUUUAGUAUAAGUUUAUUAUGACGAAUAGUGACAAGUGCUUUUAACAAGUGUAUUAUUUGGUUCAGAUGCAGUGUUUUCAUUUUCAAAUUCUUCAAAAGAAUUUCUAGUAAAAGAUA